CAUUUAACGUUAGCUCAGGUGAAGGACUGACAGCUUCACUUCAACUGCAAGGCACCACGUGUUUUUCAACCGCAGACACCUAUGUAUUCGAUGUAAUUGCCAACUCUUCGAACACAAUUACAAAAGUGAAGGCGCAGAAAGAAAAUUUUCUGCUGUCUAGCUCAAGGGACGCAAACGUCGCUCUUUGGGACUUAAGAACCCCGGGUGGUCCGGCUAAGGUAUUUCGUGCUAGUGGAACUGAACCUUUGUUAGCUUUUGAUAUCAACAGUAAUGAAACAAUAUUAGCGGCCGCAACCGAACUAGUACAAGAAGAUGCGAAAAUAAUAUUUUGGGAUGUGCGUCAAAACAAUUCAAUUGUUGGUCAAUUCGUUGAAUCGCAUAACGAUGAUAUCACACAACUCCAUUUUCAUCCAUCAAUUCCGUCAAAGAUGCUUUCCGGCUCCACAGAUGGAUUAAUAUGUAACUACGAUAUAACCAACUUUGACGAAGAUGAAGCGAUAGUAGGUGUGGUUAACUCGGGUUCUUCGAUUCAUAAAACUGGGUACUUUGGUCCACAGGCAGAGUUUAUCUAUUGUCUAACGCAUAUUGAAACUUUUAGCUUAUUGUCGGAAAAAGAUGCAACUUUACUUUGUAAUUUUGGCGAUAUUCGACAACUAUCUUCUUCAAAUAAUAAUAUUGUCCUCGAUUAUGCCAUCGAUUGUUAUUAUGAUCAGAUUAAUCAAAGAUUAUUUUUACUUGGCGGUUCUAACAGUGGGGAUAUCAACAUAAUACAUGUAUCAGUAAAUCAACUAGAGAUAUGCCAAAUUUUAAGAGGAGGGCAUACUGAAAUUGUUCGUGGAGUUUUCUGGGAUCCUCAAGCAAAUAUAAUACUUUCUGGCGGAGAGGAUUCUAAAUUGAGUUAUUGGAGUGCACCAAUCAAUAAUCAUCGUCCUCGACGAUGA